AUGGAGGCAAGUCUCCUAUGGCGGCAACGGGCCGCUAGAGGAGAAGAUGCGGGUAUUACGCUGUGGAGUGUCGCAUGCAGCCCUGACGGCUCUCGCAUUGCUGUAGGGGUAGGUUUUUGUGUGAUUCUUGUCGACGCUGAGUCGGGAGAUACGCUUCAGACGCUUUCUGGCCAUAAGGGCAACGUGAACGCAAUCGCAUACGCUUCAAGUGGGAAGCAGUUUGCUUCAGGAGGAGCUGACAAGCAAAUCAUUCUCUGGGCAUCAACGGGGGAGAUCUUAAGGCACUUCGCGCACUCAGGAAGCGUGCAGGCCCUUGCAUUCAACCCUCGUACGCUGGUGCUCGCCAGUGGCACUACAGAAGAACUUUGCUUGUGGUAUGACGAUGGCUCUAGCGGACUAGGUGAAGAGGAGAGUAGUCGGCUGGGGAGCAGGUCAAGCUUCUUUAGCUCUAAGUCUUUGGGGACGACACAGAUCACUCGUAGCAACAGCAGGACUCCGGGCAGCGCUUCAAGUAUUCUCGGCAACGCGAUUGCCGUGGGGUUGGCCUUGGCCAGCGGCAACAGUGACAUCAAAUCCAGCCAAAGCUCCUCAGGCCUUCAGCGGUGUGACCGAAUCAAAAUAAGUUCCCGUAUUUGCGUUCUGUCAUGGGAUGACGAAGGCCGACGGCUUGCUGCAGGUCAGUAUAACGGGUUACUGGUGGUGCAUGAUAGCGAAGGUUCGAAGAUAUGGAGUCACCAGCUGGAUGCUCCAGUCUGGGCGUUGGCUUGGCGACCAAGCAAUUCUGGGAACGCAGCCGAUCAGGGAAGUGUUCUGGUGGCGUGCACGUUUGAACCGAGAGUUUGGCUGUUCGAUGCUGAUGCAAAAGCCGCACUAAGGUCCACGCAGCUUACGUAUGACCCGCUGUACGUUGAAUUUGCCCCAAAAGGCGAGUACUUCAUUUUGGUAGGCGUGGACGGCGGCAUCUCUUUGUGGAGCUAUAAGGGCAUAUGCCUGCAGCCGCUGGACUUUUCUGCUGAAAAGCCAGAGGUGACAGCCUGUUGCUUUCUUCCAUCCGGACAGCGGAUUGCCCUUACCACGCGGGAGGGAGACCUAGGGAUUGCACAGCUGAGGCUACCUGUAGUUCACGGUCUUUAUCGUGAAGUGUAUGCUCGUCGGACAGCCCUCUGCGAGGUUACCGUUCGCAAUUUACUCACAGACAUGACGACAACCAUUCAGUUUGAUGAGCUCGUUUACAAGAUAGCAGUGUACAAAUUCCUGCUGGCUGUCCAGCUGAAGGAAUGCGUCAUAAUAGCAGAGGUUUGCUCGGGAGAUUCCGGCCCUCUGGAGUACCGUGAAGUCCGCCGCCUCAUGGGAUCAUUUGAGUGUUCGCUGAUGCUGUUGACGGCCAACUCUGUCGUUCUGUGUAAAGGCAACACUCUGAGGCUCCAAGAAAUCGAAGGGAGUGUAAAAAGGCAGUGGACGCUAAGGGCUUCCGUUCGGUACAUAAGAGUGCUUGGAGGCCCACCUGGUGCAGAGACGCUGUUGGUUGGUCUUAAGAAUGGAGAGGCGCUCUACGUUUACGUACACCAGGAACUUCCACUGCCUCUUUUGCACCAUCGUGUUGGGAUAGUCUGCAUGGACGUGUCAGCCGAACGCAACCGGCUUGCAAUCAUAGACGAAGAAAAGGAACUCUGCAUUUACGACAUGCCCAGUAAAAACCGGUCAUACUCUCAGAAAGACUGUACUUCUGUUGCGUGGCAUGAGUCGAUGGACGACUUAUUGUCGUUUACCGGUAGCAGAAGUCUUUUUAUAAAGGCAGGUUCCUUGGCUCCUCAGCAACAGUUUUGUCAAGGCAUCGUUGUUGGCUUCUUGGGGUCAGGCGACCUUCACCUUUCGCGCAAAUCGUUCCAACAUCAAAAGGACUUCAGGGCUAUAUCUAUGUUGAAUCAUAUGCAGUUAGAGCUUAAACUGUUAGACUUGAGCCCAACACGGCGUCAGCAUGUUUGCAAAGCCUAUGCUUACGCCUAUGUCCAGAAUUUCACAGGUGCAGCGGAGGAGUGGGCCGCUGCAGGCCUGCCUCAACGGGCUUCUGAGAUGUUUGCUGACUUGCGUCGGUGGACGGAAGCAGCGCGCUGGGCUAAAGUCGCUGAACAGACCCAGAAAUGCUCUGAAGCAACCACGGACGAAACCGCAAAGCCGUCUUCGAAGGAAGGAGAUAAGCCGGAGGAAAUCGCAAAGGGGACUCCUCAGCAGCCCAUCGGCUCCCCAAUGCAGAGAAAAAAGAAGAUGCCAGACAUGGAACAAGAAUGCAGAGAAGCUGCAGCCCUGUACGCCGCUGCGGGGCAACUACACCGAGCCUGCCAAGUUCACGCGAAGAUCGGGGACACCCACAGCAUGGUCGAAAUCAUGAGAAAAUGCAGAACUACCGAAGUAGCACCGCCAGGCCAGGAGCAAGAACGUCUUCAAAUGCAUCAGGAAGGCGAGAAGGAAUCACUUGGAGAUCGUGAAGCUUCGGCAGCUUUACGUUGCGCUGCGCAUGCUUUUGAAAAGUGCGGUAAUAUCAACUUUGCCAAGGAGGCUUUGCUGAUCCUUGGAGACAAAGUAGGAUUUUUAAAGCUUCUCAUCCGGGCUGGCCGGUGGGAAGAGGCCCUUUCUCGAGCAGAACAGGACCCAGAAAUCCUGCAUCAUGUGCUUGUACCAUGGGGUCACGAGCUUUUUCGUCGCGAUCAGCCCGAGUUAGCUAUCGGUGCUUUUCGGCGGGCAGGAAGGGAAGAUCUAGCUUUAAAGAUAGAGUUCGCCUUGCUCGAAGGCGCAGUAUCGCAGAAGUUCUACGCCCAGGCGGCGGGGCGGUGUUGGGCCAUUGCCAGGGCUUUUGCUAAUUUGGCAACAUUCAAUGAAGAGGAGCAAAGCCAUUCAGCAUGUGUGAAGGCUUGUGAUGAGGCAGUUACGGCCCACCAGUCACUCAGUAAAAAUGUCAUCAGGACAUUCCCGGUCUGCGUUUGUCAAUUCCUCGUUUGCUACUUCCGGCGUCUCUCUGAGAUCUACUGGGUGUACUUCGUCCUGGUUCGCCAGGCAUCAUCUGUGCCACCGAGGGCUGCAAUGCCACCCCACGCAGUCCUGAGGGCAUGCACAUUUCUGUGGACGCAUGCGCUUGCGCCCCUUGGGCAGGCUGUUUAUCCCAAGCUUGCUGCGGCAAUGGAUGGCAGCGAACCUGCCCCCCUCGCUGGAAUCUUGCAACCACAGUUGCAAAUCAAACGCCAAGAAUCCAGUUUGGGGACUCUGCCGACUUGGCGGUUGCCGCCAUGGUGGAAUGACGCUCAGGAUGCGCUUGAAGCUGUUGAUGUGCAGACGCAUCUGCGCCUCUGUGGAAUCCGCGUCAAUCGGCGAGUCAAAGGCAUCCGGUCCUUUCUCGUAUUGCGCCUGAUGACAGAUGCGGCACUCCAACUACGUGACUUUCAGACAGCAGUAGCAGCCUGCAAAGAGCUUCGAAAACUUGCACUGACGGGUGCUGAACACGAGGAAAGAGCGGAACUGGAAUUGCAGGUGAUGGCAGCCCAAGUGUCUGCGGUGCACGACGGCAGUCUUCGUGAUGCUUCUGCAGCCUUGACAAGGGCCCCCUGUGGUCUAUGUGGAGCUGUUGUGCCGCUGCUGACCGCUGAAGCUGUGCCACUAGGUGCCGACUUGAGCUGCGGAAAAUGCGGCAGUCCAAUUACAAUGGAAUUCGGUACAUUCGCACCAAUUACAGCAGUCGAGUUCUCCAUGUGUAAAGCCUCAGAGGAACAGUUUGCGGAUAUUUCGUCGUUACCUACUAAAGAUAUAGUUUCAGAUGAGCUUUUCCUGGCGGCCGUUCGGGGGAACCUGUUGCAUCUACGUGCAGCGGCAUCCUACGACAAAAAGCGUUCUUUUGGCCCUCUAGAGUUCCAGCCACCUUCGGUAACUCCGGAUGUCUUGCUCAACCAACCGCCCGAAAAAGUUUUGAGGCGCACGAACAAUUACCUUGAGGGUGCGGCUGGCUCCCGCACCCUCAGGCUACUUCGACUGCCUCAAACAGCGGCUGAACAAGCACUGUCUAGUGCUUGCAUAGCGGAGAGGGCUACUACGCGAUAUCCUGAAACACUGAUGACGUGUGGCACAUGUUCCCACUUGUUUAUUCACCCACCAGCGCACAGGCCACUCUUGAGGGGUGACAUGUGCACCUUGUGUUCUACCAAAGGCUCUCUCACUCCGAUAAUCCAGUGCCACGCACUUACAUUUGGACAACAGUGA